CGAAAGCGCCGCGCGCCAACCGUCCUCAUUGCGAAAGUGUGCGUGCCAACUCAAGGUUAUCGGCCACAAGAGCACUCAAUGCCGCUUGAUAUGGUCGCGUCUUUACUUAUAUUCAACAACAGCGUUUUGCAGUGCCUUUAACGCGAGUUUCUGUCAGUCAGACGACUGGCUGAGCCCGCCUAAAUCCCCUCAGCACCCCGCGCGAGACAGACACACCCUUUACAAUAAUUCUAUCUCGUGUAACUUAAUCUGCGUCUGGGCGGGCGCCCUACCUUUCGCUUCGCAAAGACUCGCGCGCUCGCAAAGUCAGGAUAGCAGAGAUGAGCCUAUAAGAUGUUCCAUUUGCUCCUUGCGCUGUUCUGUUUGUCGCUGCUGCCAUGGCGCAGCGACGCAGCGUUCUGUUCAGAGGCGCCCGACGGUAAAACGGGCCAAUUUUGCUCUUGGCACAAGACCAAGGGAUUCAUCGGCGGUCUUGACUCCACAAUUCAGCUUAAAGCAGCGCUGGAGGCAACCGCCUGGGAGAAAGAGAUAAUCCUCACAGUGGAGUCUCGAGUCUCGGGGGCGGGCCAGUUCCUUCAGCGCUACCGCAAGGCCGGCUGGUCGCAUGUGCUGGUGGUGAUGGACCGCCCCUCCUCCUGCUUCAAGCUGGCGCGGCUGAUGGCGCCCUACACGCACCUGCACGGGCCCAUCAGCUGCGGACACUACUCCACUGCUGACCCAGCCACUGGCAAGCCGCUGCCCAGUGGCUUUAGGUACAUGAAGGAGCAGAACGGGCGGCCGCAGCGCUGGAUGAAGUGGUUCACUGCGGGCCGGGCGGUGGCCAUGGGCUACAACGUGUUGGCGGUGGACAGCGACACCGUGGUGCUGGACGACUGGUACAGGCGCGUCAAGACGCCUCCGCUGUCGUCCAUCAACAUGUUCAGUCAGAGCGAGAGCGUCAUGACAAUCAACGGCGGUUUCACCUACAUCCAGAACGCCAAGUCGAAUGGGCCCAUCACCUGGAUCCUGUACGAGGCGGUUCACAGAGCCGUCCGCUGGUCGGAGGACUGCAGUCGCUUGCGCCAGCUGUCCACGGCCCUGGCGGACAAGGACACCGGCCUGCCCACAGACGACCAGACCAUGCUCACCGAGGCGAUGCUGUCGGCGCUGGCGGGUCGGCCGCUGUUCUACGCUGUCAUGCACAAGCUGGCCUGGGAUUCUCCUGACUGGAAGAAGAUGUUCCCUGGCGGCAUCCAGGAGUACGACAAUUACCAUUUCAACAUGUCUGGGGCUAAGCUCAUCGAACAGGAGUACACACAAGAGCUUCCGCUGUCGGAGUUGGUGUGUGACGCCUGGCCCUGCGUCAACCCGCCGCCGGGGACGCUGUCCGCCAGUGGCAGCAAGCAGGCGACUUUCCGCCUGCGCUCCGCUGAGCUCACCAUGCCCCAUUUCGGUGGCGAGUGGCCGCAGCAGCUGGGCGGUCAGCUGUUUGGUGUGGCGGGGGACUUCACCCUGGCCUACCGGGCCGCGUACCAGGACCUGCACACGGCUCUAGGCGUGCCGCUUCCGCCCGACCCCGAGGACCCCGCCACGCAGCAGGCGGCGGCGGCCACUCCCAAGGAGACCUUUGCGUUGCUGUCCACCAUGGACACGGGCAUGCCCUGUGAGGGCUGCGACCCCUGGGUCCGCACUAUCCGCGGCGCCUGGCUGGAGAGCGCCUGGUGGUCCGUGGGCCGCUACGGCCACUGGCACUCGCACCUGUACCCGCGCUUCCGGCCCGCCAUAGGGCACGUCCACGUCAACACGCUGGACGGCACCAGCGACACCAAGAACCUCAUCCUGAAGCUGGCGGACUUGUACGACUGGAAGCUGGCCGCCAGGUCCGAGGGUGGCAGUGAGCGGGUGUACUACGCCACAGCGGCGGACCGGGAGGCGCGCCGCGAGCACCAGCCCCUGCUGCGGGUGGUGGCGUAUGCGCCCGGCGUCGUGCACAGCGGCCUGACCAAGGACGAGUUCCUGCGUGCGGCUGAGGAGCUGGCGCGUGUGGCUCUGGCGCUAGGGGCAGUGGCGGGGUGGCCGGCCGCGCCCUGUGAUGCCGACUGGGUGCUGAGCACUUGGGGCCGCAACCUGACCCGCCCCAUCCGCCACUCCAUCCCCUGGGUGCACAUCAACACUACUGACGUGGUGCAGCCCUUCGGUGACAGCCUUGACUCCCUGCAGUGCGAGUGGACCGGCUUCAUGCACACCACCUGCCUGGCCAGCCCGCCCGCCCCCGCCGACACGGGCCGCGGGCUGCUGGCUGUGGAGCUGCGCCACCUGCUGGGCUGGCUGCCGGAGCGGCACGGGCGGCCCGCACCCGACAACACAGCCAGGCUGGCCCUGGGAGGCGCGGCCGCCGGUGAGCCCCCGGCGCCCGGCACCUCCAACACCUUUGUGCACGUGACGUAUGCGGACUUGGUGCAGCUCAACGCGGAGCGGCUGUUGCAGCUACUGCCGCAGCCCGAGGUGGUGUGGGUGGACCGGCUGGUGGAGGUGGGCGGCAGCGGCAGCAGCGCGGAGUCACGGUACCAGCGCUGGAAGGAAAGGUGCCGUGCGCUGCAGUACCGGACCUCGGACCUGCGCAACCGGGUCAAGUUCUAGAUCAACAGCGGGUUCUCAGAUUUUCAGAACAACACUAUCUCGCAGCAGCAGCUUAGGACCAGGCAAUGCCGCCAUAGCGCGCAUGUACACGCUGCCACAAGCUUUCCGUAGGUAGCGAUAAACAGUCAGGCUCUGGUAGGUCAUAACCGCCACAACAUCAGCCUCGCUUCGAGAUGCCAAGGCGUCGAGUGGGCCCAUCACCGCUUCAUACUCUACGAGUAGUUUGUCCUUCAUCAGCCCAACGAGCCAUACAUACGCUAGUGCCGUAUGAGGCUCGGACACGCGUCACAAGGCUAGUGCGGUAGGUGGAAGGACUGACGGGGUGGGCAGGGGGCAUGCAUCCAAUCAUCGUGAGUUGCGCGGCUUCGGAAUGAGUUGUAAUCGGUGAAGACUGGGUUACUCGUAGUUGUAGUUGGGCAGCUGCCGAAAAUGUCGGGGCCACUUGAGUUCGAAUGGGCGGCGAAGUGGUGGGCAGGCUGGUGUGCAGAGUUUGAGGUUAGGUCCACACAGUUCCAGAACGUGCCCCGUCAGAGCCCAAGUGCUCAACGGCAGUGCACUGUUACCAUAGGUGUGAUGCGUGGUAGACCAGACGGCAUGUUCGCGGUAGAUGUCCUGUAGGAAUUCCAGACGUAAGUCAUGUGCAAUGGAAUGGGUUAACUUUGGUGGAUUGCCCGGAGGAGAGACGAAUCAACCCGGUGGCGAGAAGUGGGUGUUGCAGCAGUUACGGCGCAGUUACUGAUCUGGGGGCGUUGUCUUUAUUCUUUCCUUGUGGGCCUUUUCCUUCUUGAUCCAUAUCUUUUUUGUGGGGGUGCUCUUCCUUUUCACGUUGUUGGCUGGCGUGUUGUGCAGGUGGGCAGGCAAGAGGGUUAGGGUGCCGGACGGUGGGCAGUGGUUGACGAGUGGUGACUGCUUAUGCACGCAGCACCCCGCGCUACGCAGGCCUAAGCCAGAGUAUACUUGCGCUAAGACGCGCAUGGCCGUCAUCCUGGUGUGUGACUGUGUGCAAUGGACCGUUUUGUUUUGAUAAGUAGGCAGUCGAAGUAUAUGGCACGUGCGCAGGGGAGCGUGCACUCGACCGGACCCUUUGUGGCCCGGUGAGUAGCGGUGAGUCAUCCGCACGGUAGUCGCGCGCUCAUGCACGGCGCAAGGAACAAGUUAAGUGAGAUACCAGCAGACCAACAGUGUCCACGACGCGUGCUGUGUGGUGGGCAGGAGGUAGCGGUAGCUGGGGGCUGCACGAAGUGCUGGGUGUCUGACGGGGUAGUUGUUGCCAGUGCGGAUAAUGGCCCAGGCCGGGAAGAGUGCAAACCACCACCUUGUUGACGGGCCCCGAUCAAGUUCGCGGAAUGUUCGCGUUGCAGACGGCAGGCAGCAGAGGCGACUUGAGAAGACGGGUGUGAUGCCCUGGUGUUGCCGUGUUGCGGCGCCCUGCCCAAACUCGCGCCCCGCGAGCGGCAGGCGUUUGGUUGGACGAUUGCCAAGCGGCAUAAUGAGUAUGAAAGCUAUGAAAAUUGGCUGCGGUAACGGCGCUCCGGUUUCGCGGGGAGUGGUCACAUGUGUUCGGAUUCGGAGAAGUGGAGGCGGCGGCAGAGGGAAAGCGGCGGGGCCUGGGACUGCGGCUGUCAAGGGGCCCAACGAUGGGCCCCGCAUUUCUCCUGCAAGAGCACCUGGGCCCUGACAAGGCACAUAAAAUCAAGCAUUAAUACAUGC